CUGCACAUGGAUGAGCAUCCGGCGUGGGGGGUCGACCAGCCUGGCGAAGUUCCGAAACGGCCCGCAGCCAUUUGGGCUCUCAGCCCUGGGCCCGCAGCCCGCCCUGGGUGCCCGCCUCGCUGAACACCCGCGCGCGCGUUGCCAGGCGACCCGAGCGAAGAGGGCCGCCCGGCGGCGGCCGAACAGGCCCCCGGACGGGCCGCAGAGGCCUCUGGAAGCCCUCAUAUGUGCAGCAGCCCCAGCACCACGGUUUCGACGGGGAGCGCCCAGGACACGCCCGCGGGGCUGGGCGCAGCCUCGUGCCAGGAGUUGCUCGGCAGCACCGCGUCGCUCUUCAUCGACUCGGCCAGGCUCUGCGGCAGAGGCCCCGUCGGCCACCCGCAGGGGGUGCACCUCGUGCUGGCCGGCGGGCCCAGGGCCCCCACAGCAGGCAAGGGGCCAGCGGGUGCCGCGAGCGCCCCUGGGCUGGUGGAGCGCGUCGCGGAGGCAAUGGAGGGAACCAUCAGGAACAAUGCCGUCCGGCUGGCGAGGACCUCCACCCUGAGCGUCUUCGACAGCUCGGAGGUACCUCCCAUAUCACUGCGCAGCUACCUGCGCCGGCUGCAGGCCGCCUUUCGCUGCGGUGACUCGGCAUUCGUCACUGCCCUGGUGAUCAUGGACCGGUUCCUCGAGGGGCCCAGCGCGACCGUCGGCGCUCGCCGCAGCUGCCAGGAGCCUGGGCGCCUGACGGAGUUGAACGCCCACCGCCUCUUCCUCACGUGCCUCGUCCUGGCGGUGAAGUACAGCGAGGACCUCACUUACGGGAACUCGCACUACGCGAAGGCGGGCGGAGUGCGCCUCAGAGAGGUCAACCGACUCGAGCGUUGCCUCCUGAUCGCGCUGGACUACAAUCUCGGAGAAGGCCAGAGCAGUUCCGCCUGUACGAGCAGGCUCUGCGUGUCGGGCAGGACGACCACCCGGGCGCCAGCGUCUUCUCCCCCGCCGCAGUGUUGGCGUCGGCCCGUGCCUGGAGAUGUCCAGGGCCUGGGGGCUACGCCUAGCCUCGACGGCGCCGCCGCAGGGGCCAGGCUGCAGCUCUCUACAGGGACAACAAGGCACUCUGAGGUGCACCUGCGGCGGCAGGAGGCGGCCCGAGGGCGGGCGUGGCGAGGAGCCGCCCCGUGGCGGCGGGCGGCCGCCCCUGCAGGCCAUCAGCCAGGGGACGCCGUGGCCCCCCGCCGCGCCGCGCGGGCCGCUCCCCCCCCCGGGGGUCGCUCGGGCCCCGCCUUGGCAGCAGUCUGCGCGCCGUCCUGCGGAAGGCGCCCUUCCACCAUAGGAACAUCGGCGCGGUGGCGGAUAAGGAAGAGGUCGAGAGACGUCUUUUACGCGGGCGUCUGGGCACUGUACAGAGGCAGCGGUUCGCGCCAGAAUGCAGAGUGCAAUUCGACUAUGUUUGUUGAGCGCGUGCAUAAUUGCUGCUUCGGCGUUAGUUUUUUGGAUUAUGGUUUACCCCCUUCUUUCUCCCUCUCUCUCUCUGUCAUCUUCUCGCCAUUCUCCCUCGCUCACCCCCCGCCCCAGCACACCGCCUCCUGUCCAUGCCUGGAGACUGCACACCUUGUCGUAAGUCUAGUGCUCAUAAAGAGCAGCUCGGCCGCACGUGCCGACCUCGUGCUUGGAGAGGUCGGCAAUCGGCCACCAGAAGACUAUCGACGACGUCUACGGCGAGUCACCGCCGCCCCUUGCCUUUUGUGGACAUGCCGGUGUGGUCAAACGUUGGGCCAAAUCUUGGCCAAACUAUUUGACUUCUUCGCAGUUGUCAUCAUCGAGGGGCGGGGAUCCCUCAGGACUUUAGGACACUCCAUGUCAUGCCUCAAGGCACGAUGGCGUAUUUUCCCGUCCGCUGCCGCCGAGCGGUGUCUCCCAGGCCCAGAGCCUGUACCCGCGGUGCUUUCGGUCAGCAGGGGGAUGGGGGUGACAAAGGAGGAGGCGAGCCGAAGGCCUUGGCUUCUUUGCUCGCCUUGGCUACCCAUGCCGCCACGAGCAUCCAGGCUCCCUGUGCUGCACUUGUGGGAGGGGCUGUGCGCGCGCGGCCCCUUUGCUGACAUUGGUGGCGGAGCGCCCCGCCCCAUAGCAUGGCACAUAGGGUGAGUCGAAGAUGGGAACGUGACGUGCAAAUCUACUUUCGGGACGGAGGAGGUUCGCCAGUCUCGCAAUUGCUGAGCCAGCCCGCCGUUAGGCGAGGCCCCCGCAGCCGAGAGAGUAGGAGCAGCACCAGCCUCUUGACCCUCGCUCCUCGAUUUCAUGUCGUGCCCACGGCCCGAGCGAAAACAGUAAAGAGUGCCCCUGGUCGGCACACCACGUCUUCUGGCGCACCUCCAGACACCGGAGCUUCUCGAGCGGCGCGAAGCGG